AUGAACCAUCUCGUCGCCAUCCUUGUGCUAAUCAGUGUGGUUCUUCUAAAGGCUGAGGUGCUGUUGUCCAUCGGGCCAAGAACCUCGAUGCAAACGGGUAAAAAAUCCAUCGAGGGCAGGGCACCUUCAUAUUUUUUAAUCUUCUCAUCCGAUGCUCUGGUUGCGGCCAAAUCACUUUCCCUGCUGGUUAAGUGCACGUACCGUUCGCUAAUGUGCCCGGAACGGUUACGUCCCACGCCAGGCACCUACCGGCUCUCCAAGGAAUCAAUGUGCAGCCAUCCGGGCGUUUUCCAUCCAGCGCGGAAAUUCCCGAGGGCUCUUUAA